UCCCACAGCUGUCGACUCUGCUGGUGCAGCUGCUGCUCUGCGUCCACUCCCUCAGGAGGCUGCUGGAGUGCCUGUUUGUCAGUGUUUUCUCUGACGGAGCCGUACACGUGGUGCAGUAUGUGUUCGGCGUGUGCUAUUACGUCGUGCUGGGGUUGACGGUGCUCUGCUCGGAUCGUCUGCGAAAAGGGACUGGAUCUCUCCUCUCUCAGCUGGACUGGUUUCAUGUGGCUGGAGCUGCACUUUUCAUUUGGGCCUCGCUGAUGCAGCAUCAGUGCAUGGUCCUGCUGGCCAGGCUUCGCACUGGAAAGUCAGGCACAGUGGAGACGCUGGCUCACAGAGUGCCAGAGGGAGGCUGGUUCGAGCUGGUGUCGUGCCCGCAUUACUUUGCAGAGCUGCUGAUCUACGUCUCCCUGAGCUUAGUUUUUGGAGGCUUGUGUCUUAGCUGGUGGCUUGUUGUUCUUUAUGUGCUCUUCAACCAGGCGCUGGCAGCACAGCUUUGUCAUGACCUUUAUAUCAGCAAAUAUGAGUCAUACCCAAAGAAAAGAAAAGCAUUUAUACCCUUUGUGCUUUGAAUAGGUACUAUUACUGUCCUCUGUUUUACAUUCCUUAUUGGGAGCUGUCAAGUCCCAGAAAUGAUUGACGAGGUGUCUGAGGACGUGACGGUGUGGGAGUUAAACUCACCUCUCUCUCAGCCUUGAUUGACAAGGUGCUCUCAACCAGGUGAAGCUGCUACACAGGACAGCGCUGACUGUUGUUGACAGCAGACGUGUGAAGUGACCAGAAAUAUUCCUCCACCACAAAAGUCUCUCCAGAUGACAGGUGACCUGUUUCUUCAAGAAUGACGUGAAAAAAUAAGAAAUGUUACCACAAAUCAUUUGAUCAUUACAAGACCUUGUUUUUGGUAUACUGAUGUACAUUCAUGUAAUAAUGACAUAGAAACUUAACACAUUAUAACUCAUAAGUCAUGUUAAAAUAAGGAAGUUUUAAAUUUUUCUUUGAUUAAAAAAAAAGUUUAUUUCAAAGCAUAUGGAGAAAUCAGAGAAAUUGAGGCCCUGACUGAAUAUUAUCUUGUUAUAGCAACUUAUAAAAUGUUGUUUUUAUUACAGCGUACUAACUCAUCUCCUAAAAUUAGAGGUAAUAGUAGAAGUAACCAAAUAAUAAAAAUUCAUGUGUUAUUUCUCUCUGCCUACUUAUUUAUUUUACUUACUUUGUGUGUCUACAGAGAUUUGAGGAAUACACUAGAAAGCAAUGAAAUUGACUGAUGACUGAUCUGGUUAUAUUAGGCUAUAACUGACUCUCUCUCUUUAUCAGAAAGAGUUGUCUGAAUAUAAGUAUGCCUUUGUGCAUGUGCAUUCACUCACUCACACACACACACACACACACUCAUACACUUACACAAACAUACUCACUCCUGCUUCAUUAUUUGAUCUAUUUCCUGUUUAUGCUUAAUUUAUGUUGCUUAUUCAGCCUUUGUUUGUUUCUAUAGGUUUUUUGAUGACAUGACUUUUGUAUUUGCUUAUUAUGUUUGUUGCGGUGAGAUUCCUUAUAAGCCCCCAGGGGUUUGAUAAAUCUCACAUGCACAACUUGCUGCUGUAUUUAUUUUUGUUUUGUGCAAAUAAAACCCUAAACAAAU